UCCCCAUUUCCAAUCAGCAAAUUUUAUAGCCGUUACAUCCCCACGCUCUCCCAUUUAAAUUUCAAAAUUGCAGACCGUUAACCCUCUGUUCCCCGAAUCUCUCCUCUCUUCUUCAUCUCCGAAGAGAGAAGAACAAAAACGAACAACAAUGGCGUCCCAAGAAACCAAGAGCCCGAAAAACCCAUCAAGAGAAGCCAACGGCAUCCUCAGCCCCGGGUUCAGGUCAGCGGCGGCCAUGGCUGGCUGGCUCCUCCUCGCCAGCCUCGUCGUCGAGGAUACGCCGAUCAGGGAGUCGAGGCACAAGAAACGACCAAACCAUCACAAUCUCAAGUCACCAGCUUCCACAAACUCCAACAGAAAACGGAGGUCGAAGAGGCGGCAGGCGGAUGAUUUGAUGCCUGCUGUAGUUCUUUGCCUUGAUGAUGAAGAAGAGGAUGCCAAAAAAGACGUUGGUGUGAAGAAAAAUGGAGCGGGGAAGGUUGUCGUUGAUGACGGUGAUAGAGAGAAGAAGAUGAAGGGGGAAGAGAAUUUUGGUGAGAACGCAUCUUCGUCUGAUAAUAAUAAUAAUAAAGGGCUUCCAUGUAUGGAUCGGCUGAGAGAAGAGCUUUCAUGCGCUAUUUGUUUGGAGAUUUGCUUCGAACCGAGCACUACUCCAUGUGGGCACAGCUUCUGCCAGAAAUGUUUGAAGUGUGCGGCGGCCAAAUGUGGAAAACGAUGCCCAAAGUGCAGGCAACUGAUCAGCAAUGGGAGAUCUUGUACUGUGAACACGGUGCUUUGGAAUACAAUACAACUUCUAUUCCCCAGUGAAAUUGAGGCGAGGAAGAGCACACUCUCGGCAGGUCCUCGAACCCCCGACAGUCGUAACAUUAUAUAUGAAACAGGAAGAUAUAGACUUAGAAUUAUCGACGCAAGAAACACGCAAAGAAGCACGAGUUUCGGAACUGCAACCCAAGUUUCACAUUCAACGGAAAGAGAGAGGAGUUCCAGUAGGCGGAGGGCUAGCCCUGGUCAGUCUCAAGAUGCUGCAUUGGCUCUAAGAUUGCAGAGAGAAGAAUUCUUGGGGACCUCUAUCGAUGCGAUUGAGCAGCCACGAUCAAGUCUGCACUCGGCUAGAGCUAAUUUGAGAGCUAUGGCCUCCAGAGCUUAUCAUAUUCGUAGUAGAGGUCGUUACUGAUAGCUUAAGCUUUUAUUGAGUCAUUGUUGUUGUUGUUUUUUGUCAUCCCUUACUUGUACGGAUCCAAGAUUUUUCAUGUUAUAUUUUUUCUAAAUUGUGUUAUCUUUUAUCAUGUUA